AAGUUCCCAUGUAUUCGGCCUCCCAGCGGAUGUUAAUAUAUCACCAGUGAGCCUGCAGGCUGACCUUUGGCUCUGAGAAGCUUCGGCUAUGAGACGAACCGAGCAGCAGGGUCAGAGCGGAGACGCACUCCCGGCAGCUAUGCAUGUCUGGCAUUUGUUGAUUUCCUCAGACUGCUCUCCUGCCGCCAACAAUUGACAGCCUGGUAGUUUUCAGUGGAUCCCGAGCCCUGCAUUUCCAAACAGACGCUGUCAUGAUGGAGUCGGAGCAAACAGCUGGGAGUUGUCCAGCGCCGGGCCAAGCUACUGUCAGAACCUGGCUCCCUUCCAGCCCGAGAGGAUCAACCAAAGCACCCAGUGAUGCUGUGUCCCGUUUCCAAGGAGACGGGGUUCGCUACAAGGCCAAGAUCAUCGGUGUGGACCCGGUACCCGACUCCCAGGGGGAGAAGAUGUGCUUGGACUCCAUGAUGAAACUAAAGGGCUUCGAGGCCGCAGCAAGGAAACAGGGGAAACACAAGCAGAGAGUUUGGUUGAAAAUUUCCUCCGGCGGUUUGAAAAUGGUGGAUGAGAGGACCGGGUCCAUUCUUCACGAACACGAAAGGAGCAGGAUCAGCUCUUUGACAAAAGAUGAGUCCGACCCCAGAGCUCUGGCCUACGUCUACCAGCAAGAAGACACCUACGCCCUCUUCUACAUCAGGAUGGCCAACAUGGCAGAUCCCGUCGUAGCUGACAUCACUGAGGUUUGUCAGAGUGUGGACCAAGAGACGCCACAGGAGGAGCCCGCAGAGACACAAAACACCACCUUACUGCUUAUCAAUGACAACCCAGUCGUCGAUGCUGAGGGACCAGAUCUUGAGGAUGUGUUCAGUCCACGACCAGUUGAGGCACUGGGAAAGUUAAACCAUGCAAACCCCACCCCAGCCUCUUCCAGUAAUGAGCUGCUAGAAGUGUUUUCCGCCCAGAUGGAGUCGCCCCUGACACCCACCCAGAACGCCUCAAGCAGUCCGUCAGUGUCUCCACAGCCGACACUCUCCACCUCUCAGAUCCUCUCCAUGUUCUCCGCGCAGCCGAUGGGAGGCUCCCCAUACUCCUCUCCGCCUUACUCUCCCACCUCCAUGCCCUGGGGUCAGCAGGGUCCUCUGGGAAACCAGUGGGCUGGAGGACCGCAGCUCAACGGGCCCCCCAUGCCCCCCAUGCCGGGGGGUCCUUUAAUGUGGGCGCCGCCUGGCAUGGCGGCCCCCCCGGCAGGAGGCCUGACUCAGCCUCACACAGUGGUCAACCCUCACCUCGGAGUCAUGAUGGGAGGAAACGCAGCGGGCUUCCCCACUUCUCCCACCGCUCCUAACGGGUACCCUGCUCCCUUAAACUCCCUCUACCCCCCCACCGGGCCACUAGGACCUCCGCAGCCACAGCCACAGUCAGUGCCCCCGACCUUGGACCAACAUCCACUCCUGUGAUCCCGCUGGUUAAAAUUGUAGUGGCCUGAUGUGAAUCUGCGGAUGUGUACAACUUUAUUUUAUUCACUCAUGAUUUCCAACGAACUUUUAAUUCCUUCCAUGUGCUUAAAAGUUAAAAUACAACCUGUGAUUUAGAUCUAAAUUAGUGCAGCGACAUUAUAAGGAAAUCCAUAAAUUGCAAAGUAGCAUCGAUAUGAUCAUUUUUCUUUUCCCCUGCCCAUUUAUUACCUAAUACAGCAUGUAAAUGUGUGACUUUUUGAUAUUACUUUACUUUCAUGCGCUUUCUGCUAGUUGCUACACAUUGUCCACACUGACUUAACUGCAGUUGAAUUGGUUUGAAUGCCGCCUUGUAUUCUUAGGGAGUUCUUCUUUAUCCAAAACCAAUAUGUACAGUCACAGGAUGUUGUAUAACUGUGCUAUGAUGUAAAGUCCCUUGGGGUAAUUCGUGAUUUUUGACAUAAGGCUAUGGAGAGACCGAGAGGAUGACUUGUACCCAACAUUAAAGAAAAAAAAACAUACAAGGAAA